UACCUUACUGUAUAACAAACAAUUCAUAAGACAAUACAAAAUAUUUUCAAAAUUAGUAAGAUUUAUAUUUAAACUCCGAGCAAGUCCAGUACUUGCAGCCGAAUUCUUUGAUGGCUUCCACGGACCUGACCCUGAAGUCGGACUAUUCCGCCUGUUCUGUUGUCGAUGACAUUAUAUCCAAGUCGCUGGCAUCCCAGGCAGUUUCAAGGGCACACAAGAGAUCAACUCGCAUCUCCUUUCGAUCCCUGACCAAAGUUAUAGUGACUCUGAUCGGAAACCUCAAGAAGGCAUCAUCAUUUCAUGAGGCGAAGGACAUACAUUACUGGCGUAAUCUGGCCGAGUCCCGUUUGGAGGUCAACAAUCGCUAUGAGAGGCUUAUCAAAGCCCAGCAAAAUCGGAUCCAUACCAUGGAGACCAGGCUCCACACCAUGAUCAACUUGGCCCACGAGACCCAGAAAAUGCUGGCCGAGAUUGGGGCCGAGAAGCGGGCCAGCGAGGAACGUGGCCAUGGCGAGCACGCCGACUAGAUUUUGCAUCAUUUCUACUUUCAAAUUUUCCUUUGCCUUUCAUAAACCAAUGGUUUAUACUAAAUAGUUGGUAUGUGAGUUAAAUAUAUACAUAUAAACUGA